AUGGCUUCCCCAAACCCCGCGAGCGAGGCCCUCAUCGAAGGGCCCCUUGAUUUCAUCACGGUCAAGACAACUCUGCCCGCAAGGCCACUCCCCGCCCACGCCUCGCGCCAGCCUAUCCUCACGCCGCGUCUCAUGAUCCGCCCCUUUACCGAAUCGGAUAUCAACGCACUGCGCGUCCUCCGCACGCAGCCGGAAGUCAUGAGCAACACGGCCGCCGGCCGCAUCGACCUUGACGUCGCCGAGACGCAGGCCAAGCUCGCACUGAGCCUGCCGCCCAACGACGCGCACACGUUCAACUGCGCCAUCUGCCUGCGCGACUCGGGCGAGUUCAUCGGCUGCGGCGGGUGCCACGUGAUGAUCGGCGAGUUUGGGUGGCCUGUCCUCGGAUACAUGUUCAUCAAGGAGCACUGGGGCCGAGGCUUCGCGACCGAGUUUGUGACGGGGUUCCUGGCGGCCUGGUGGGCGCUGCCGAGAGAGGUCUACGAGCUGCAGGUCGAUCGGGGCACGGUGAGGGUCGGGGAGGAUGGGCUGGCGGAGGAGCAGUACACGGCCGUCACGGUCGACGAUAAUGUGGCCAGCCAGAGGAUCCUGACCAAGACGGGCUUCGUCAAGAGGAGGGUCUACAGCGAAAUUGACUCGGCGGAUCCCAAGGGCGAGGCGAUCGUCACGUUGCUGGGGUUUACGAAGGGAAGGCCGAAGGAGCUUCCAAGCCCGACCUCGUAA